AUGACUAUCAGUCAUUUACACUUGAGUGUGAACAAGGUAAUAAAAUUUUACUGGUGGGAGAUCAAAGGGAAUCUUGUGUGUUUGAAUUUGGGGGUAGGAAACACAAGGCGCAACAGCCAAGGGAACCAGAGGAUGGAGCCUACAUUUACUGAGCGAGUACCAUUUACCUUGUGUGCCAAGUACCGUUUCCAUGGAGUAAAGCCAGUACCUGACAUUCGUGGGCACCUGGUACCUACUCUAGGUACUUGUGCUUGCUCCUUUCAUCCUCAUAGCAGCCCUUUUAUCUCCAUUUUUACAGGUGAGGAAACGGAGAGGUAA